AUGAAAAUUAUUAAGAAAAAUGGUUUAGUUGUCUCAGCCAAGAAGAUAAAACUCUUCCAGACUAAAAUUAGAUUUUUAGGUCAUAACAUUGAACAAGGAUCUAUUAUUCCCAUAGACCGAGCCAUUGAAUUUGCCCGCAAAUUUCCUAAUGAAAAAAAAGACAAAACCCAAUUACAGAGAUUCCUAGGUAGUCUUAAUUAUGUUAUUGACUUUUAUAAAAGUUUAGCACAAGAUGCCAAACCACUAUUCCAAAGACUGAAAAAGAAUCCAAAGCCGUGGACCCUAGAACAUACCUUAUCUGUUAAAUGGAUAAAACAAAAGGUCAAAUCACUUCUCUGUCUGGCAAUUCCUCAUCCACAAGCCUUAAAGGUGGUGGAAACUGACGCAUCUGACAUAGGAUACGGUGGCAUCCUAAAACAAAGGAUAGCUGACAAAGAAUCACUAGUCAGAUUUACCAGUGGAAUUUGGACAGGACCUAGAGUUAAUUACUCUACGGUUAAAAAAGAGAUCUUAUCUAUAGUUCUCUGUGUACAAAAGUUUGAAUAUGAUUUAUUGACUCAGAAAUUCCUUAUAAGGGUUGAUUGUAAAAGUGCAAAAGAAAUAUUACUGAAGGAUGUUAAAAACAUCGCAUCUAAACAGAUCUUUGCUAGAUGGCAAGCCAUCUUAUCAGUAUUUGAUUUUGAUACUGAAUUUAUAAAAGGAGAAUCUAACUCGUUGCCUGAUUUCCUAUCCCGUGAAUUUCUUACAGGAUAUGAGUUCAAAGGCAUUGAUAACUCCUUGAAAGCGAACCCAUGA